GUAUCCCAACUUAAAUUCCAAAGCCCUUAUACCUGAGCAACUGCGACACCUGUAUGACUGUGGUGAUGGUACGAACAUGGACGAGAUCAUUGAUAUACCUGCAAAGCGGGCUAGAAAUGAUGACUUUGUGGACAGCUACACGUUACUACGGUGGUGUCAGAAGCUGUUAAACACGGGAACAUUCAGAACGGUACACAUAGUGGACCUGACAUCCUCUUGGCGCAAUGGAUUUCCUCUCUGCUAUCUCAUCAACAUCCUCAAACCGAAUCUCCUUGAUAUGAACACUUUGAACUCCAAGGAGGGGACCAAGAACUGCCAGCUGGCGUUUGACAUAGCCCAGAAGGAGUUUGGAAUUGCCCCUGUGAUGACCGGAGAAGAGAUGACCCAAUGUUCUGCCACAGACAAACUCGCAAUGAUCUCAUACCUGUCUCAGUUCUACCAGAGGUUCAGGAAAGACCGAGCAUCAAGCUUUGAGUCGCCCCGAGAGGAUAGUCACAAGAGUCAUAAAUCUCCCCAUCACCGUCUGUCCAUCCUACAGAAGCUGCGGGUCAGCGCACGAUUCGCAAGGUCGAAAAAGAGGAAAGAAAAGGAAGGAGACAAGCAUGAAACGUCAUUCAGUAAGAGGAGACUCAAGGACAAUGAGGUCAAAGAGACAAAUGGUGAUGUACAACUGACCAAGUAUAACAAACUGCCGAUGGAUGAGAUAGCCAACAAAUUGACUGUCCAGACCAAAAGUGAAAACUUCAAACAGAAAGAAGAGUCCCUGGCAGCAGUUAAGGUCAGCGCAAUGGCAGAGCUACUUGUGUCAAAGUUCAAAGGUCAACAGGAAGAGCCAGUCAAAACAUCACCAGCCACCAAAAGG